AUGGAGCCUAUACUGGCCUAUGAAGAGAGGCAGAGAGAACAGUGAGCUUUUGAUCACCCAGCCAAGGCUGAACUUAGUGCUUCAAAAACCUGAUGGGUUUUAGGUGUAGAAAUGGCAUCUGGUAGGCUGAAAGAGAGCUUGGCAAGAGCCCUGAAGGAUUGCCACAAGAAGGAGGUCACUGAGCUAAAUGCUCUUAUUACCAUGCUGCUUGGAGGAAUUUCCUCCGAUGCUCAUGAAAAAAUCAUGGCCAUUUGCACCAAAGAUGUUCAUGGCAGGGAUGUAGCAGCAAGCCUUCAAGCCCAGAAGAUGCAUGUCUCCAGCUCCAGAGCUUUUGCUUGGCUGUCACAGGUAUGCCAUAGAUGGGAUGAUGUCCAGAAGCACUGUUUUGCCAAUAUUUGUGAUGCUUGGUUUCAGUGCUUUUAUGAGUACUUGGGAAACGCCCCUUGGCAAGUUACUACACCUUUGACUGACAGGUGUUAUAUUACUCUGGCCCAGGCUCUCCACCUAGCAGUGAGUGAUGCUCCUGCAGGACCAGCUGGCACAGGUGAGACAGAGACCAUGGAAGAUUUAGGCUGUGCCCUUGGUAUGAUGAUGAAAAUUUUCAGCUCUUCAGAACACAUGGAUGACGAGGCUAUAAAUACUGAACCAGUAAUAUCUUCCUCCAAAAUUCAUCUGAAACUAUUUGUAAAAGAAGGACUAACACAAAUUCAUCCAUGUAACAUACUACCCAAAAAUAUCUUUCUCUUCAAACUGGUAGAUCUUGCCAGUUUGUACAUCAAGAUGGGUGCCAAGAACAUGCCCACAGUGUUUUUGCUGACAGAUGCCCAAGUUCCAGAUGAAUGCUUUCUUAAAAAAAGUCUGAGCCCUGGGCCUGAUGAACAUCAGAGAACACUUCUGGAGGUGAUUCCUGAGACUGUGACUGCAGUGGAAAUCCAAAAACAUGUUGGAGCCACUCCAUUGAAAACCUCAAAGCACAGAAGAAAACUUUUACGUGGUGACAUCUUAUUGACAGCAGCAUUUGUGUCUUACUUUGGAACCUUCAUAAAACAGUAUCACCAGGAGCCAAAGGGACAUUUCUGGAUUCCUCCUCUAAAGGUACAAAAAGCUCCUUUUCCUGUGACGGAGGGCCUGGACCCAAUUGCCACGCUGACAGAUGAUGUGGCAUGGAGGAACGAGGGUGAUGGGAUGUCAACAGAAAAUGCCACUGUUCUAACAAACUGUGAGUGCUGACCUCUGAUGAUAGAUCCCCAGCAACAGGGAAUUAAAUGGAUAAAGAAUAAAUAUGGAGCUGACCUUAAAGUCGUACGUCUAGGACAGAAAGGAUAUGUGCGCUCUGAAGAAUUGGCUUUCACCUUUACUGCCUUCGACAUGUGUGACUCUAUUGAUCCCAUAUUUGAUCUUCUGCUUGGAAGACACACAGUUAAAAAGGGAAGGUAUAUCAGGCAAGGUAUAAAAAAAUGUGAUUUCAACAAGAAUUUUCAUCUCAUCCUUCACACUAAACUGGCUAACCCUCACUACAAGCCAGAACUGCAGGCUCAGACCACCCUCAUUAAUUUCACUGUCACCAGGGACAGGCUUGAAGACCAGCUGUUGGCUGAGGUUGUUAAUGCUGAAAGGCAAGACUCACAAAACACUCAGAUGCUCAAGUCUGAGAAUGGUGCAGACCUGAAGUACUUAUCAAGGCACGUGUUUAGCAGAUGUUAUGUUAUGUAUAGGAACUCUAUGGAGAAAAAUCUCAGCUCAAGGUAUGUGAAAAGCACAAGGAUGCACUUAGCAAAAUGCUAAGAAGAGAGCAGUCCAGCCACUCCUGAGUUUUUCAUCCUGUCUUCAUGACUAGACCCACUUGAAGAUCAUGAGACAAUAGGCAAAAAGCUUGGGUUUCCUAUAGACUCUGGAAGAUUUCAUAACAUCUCUCUAGGACAAAAGCAGGAGAUAGCUGCAAAGGAGGCACUUAAGAAAGCUGCCCCACAUGGCCAUUGGCUUCUUUUCCAAGAGAUAGCUGAGUGGUUCAGAACCUUGGAGAAACUCCUUGAGCAAUACAAAUGUCAUCCUGAUUUCUGUGUCUUUAUCAGUGCUAAGCCAGCUCCAACCACAGAAGAGCACAUCAUUCCCCAAGGAAUACUAGAAAAUUCAAUUAAAAUUACUGGUGAACCUCCUACAAGGAUGCUGGCUAAUUUCCAUGCUGCUCUCUAUGGUUUUGACGAGAUAAAACAUAAACUUGGUCUGUGUGCCAGAGAAGGGGAAUUUAAAAGCAUCCUUUUCCCUCUGUGCAGUUUUCACACUUGUCUUCCUGGGAGAGUGAAGUUUGGCCCUCGGGGCUGGAAUGGAAGGUACCUGAUCGAUCAGCCUGAGAUCUCCAUCUGUGUCCCUGUCCUCAGCAACAGCUCAGAGCCCACAAGGAGUUCUAAGAAGUUUCGCAUGGAAACUGCUUUAAUCGAUUUUCAUAUACACAGUUAUAACAAAUGUGAAUGUUUAUACAGAGGGUCCAUUAGAAUAAUUCACUAUACCUCAGCUUUGAUAGACCUCACCAGUCAUAAAGACAGAAGGGCGCUUGAAGGGCAACUUGGCACCAUGUUCCUUAGCCCCACCAAAUCUGAUUAUGAUGGAUACCAGCAGUACAUAGCUGAAAUGCUUCCAUCUGAAAGCCCUGUACUGUAUGGACUGCACCCUGAUGCUGAGAUGGGAUUCUUGACAACAUCAGAUAAUAGCUUCAAAACUCCUUUGGAAAAGCAACCCAAGGAUACACGGGAGAGGGAUAAGACCAGUCUGCAGUGA